UAGCAUUUGAUACAAUUCCCUUACCAACCCAUCAAUCACUCUCCUCCUACUUCUCCCUUCUCCUUUUAAACUUUCUUCAUUCCAUUUCCCAAUUUCUUCAAAAGAAAUCUUCAACUCCCUUCUCAUUCUUCUAGAUAGCUAGCUAGUUUCUUCAAGGUAAAGGUUUUUAGAGUAGAAAAAAAUUCAAGAAACUAUGGGGUCAAAUGUGGUAGAUGAGAUAGAUUGUGGCAGCUUCUUUGACCACAUUGAUGAUUUGAUUGAUUUCCCUCUUGAGAAUGAGAAUGUUGGCCUUAGUUCUACUGAUUGCAAAGAUUUUCCAAGCAUUUGGAAUGACCCCUUACCGGAUUCCGACUCCCUUUUCUCUGGCAGCCACCGGAAUUCUGCUUCUGACCUCUCGGCUGAGCUCUCAGUUCCGUAUGAGGAUAUUAUCCAGCUUGAAUGGCUUUCAACAUUUGUGGAGGAUUCUUUCUCUGGCGGGGGAUUGACUCUCGGGAAAGAAAACAUUCCUGUUGAGAAAGAGCCGUCAUCCAAAGGAAAGUUCCAGACUUCGAGUCCUGUGUCUGUGCUUGAAAGCAGCAGCAGCAGCAGCUCGUCAUUUUCCAGCUCGGGGGAAAAAACUUUACCCCUUAGUCCAUGCCACCGUGGUCCACAACGUGCUCGGACCAAGCGUCCUCGCCCAACAACUUUUAAUCCCUUCCCAGUAUUUGUUGCUCCAGGAGUUCCAACAGAAUCAGAAAAUUUCGCGGAGUCUCCCAUGAAGAAGAAUCUGAAACCGGCUGCACCAGAACAGAAAAAGAAAAAGAAGAUCAAAUUCUCUAUUCCUCUAUCUCCGGUCGAGACAAAUCAGAAUCCAGUGGCACAACAAGCAGUUAGGAAAUGCCAGCAUUGCGAGAUUACAAAGACUCCUCAAUGGAGGGCCGGUCCAAUGGGACCAAAAACUCUCUGCAACGCCUGUGGUGUUCGUUACAAGUCAGGACGACUCUUCCCUGAAUACCGGCCAGCUGCAAGUCCUACAUUUGUUCCAGCAUUGCACUCAAACUCUCACAAGAAGGUUCUCGAAAUGAGAACCACCAUCGUCCCAGACAACGACACCAUAGCCAGGACCUCGUCACCAGCAAUAGCCACCCAACCGGAGUUUAACCCGAGCAACGUGUCGGUUGAGGAGGAGCACAAGUGAAUGAAAAGAAGCAGAGAAACAGUUUUUCCUAGUCAUAGAGUCUGUCAUUUCAGUUCUUAGUGUUACUUGGCUAGUGUUUUUUUUUUUCAAUUGCUUUGUUCAAUGUUCUUUUUGUAUAGGGAUGUAGUAUGGAAAUAGAAAAAAAAAGUAGAUGAUUAUAUUUUAGGAGAUUAGAUUAAGGGAUAAGACUAGUGUUAAUUAAGUUUCUUAGUUAAAAAAAGUUAGUUUGGGUCAGUGUUGGUCUUGUUAGAUGUUUUAGGCUUUUAUUCUUGUCCUUAGGAUGGGAAUUCUUUUUGCAGUUUAUUUGUUAUCAGGCAAUUCUCAAAUAGUAAUGGUUUAUUUUUAA